AAACGCCGCCCUGACGGAGGAGGCAACGACUCGGCGGACGGGGAACUCGUCCUCGGCCUCACUAUAUGUCAUAGGCUGUAUAAAUAUGGGAUCUCCCCCCUGUGGAUCACACACUUGACCAAUUGCGCCGCGCAAGAGUCUGGUGGCUCAUUUGAAUUCAGCGAUCCUCUGUGGGUAGAUGUGGUACAGUAUAGUAGGUAGUUGUAGUGAAGGAUCUUUGCGUGAGUGUGUUUGUGUGAAUGUGCACUCCUAGAAUAGAAACCCAAAGGAAGAAGAAUAAGAAGGAGAAGUGGAGAGGCGGGAUCGGUUUGUGCCUUGUUGAAAGCCAGGGCGAAGCAAAGAGAUAGUCUGUAACAGAUCGAUCAGCACUUCGCGCUCCCUUUGAGGAUUUGAUGGAUGUUUGAUCAGUGGAUGUGAUGCCCAUAUAUAUCAUCGACCGAAAAUUUCCCGAAACAUCUGGUGAGUUGAUACAGCCGGCAGCUGAAGGAGGAGACCUGAGAAUGACAGAGACCAACCCCCCCAAGUCGACUAAGAAGCCCCGCUGGACCUCCCUGGAGAUCGGCCUCAUUACUAUUGUCUCCUUGCUCUUCAUCGUCAUCGUCGCCCUCAUCAUCCUCUUUGCCACACAGAAGACUGAUGAAAUCUGCACCACAGCUGACUGCACGCAGUCAGCGUCUCGUCUCAUUGAGAACAUGGAUGCUAGUGUGGACCCUUGUGACAACUUCUACCAGUAUGCCUGUGGAGGCUGGCUGAAAAAGAACAUCAUCCCUGAGACCAGCUCUAGAUACAGCACCUUUGACAUCUUACGAGACGAACUGGAGGUCAUUCUCAAAGGUGUCCUUGAAAAAACAGUGGAGGGGGAAGCCGCUGCUCUCAACAAGGCUAAGACCCUUUACAAGUCCUGUACCAAUGAGAGUUUAAUUGAGCUCAGAGGAGGGGCUCCUUUGCUCGACAUGCUGCCUGAUGUGUUUGAGUGGCCCAUAGCUGUGGACAACUGGGAGACCAACUAUGGUAAAAAGUGGAGGUUGGAGGAUGUUAUUGCCAAGCUGAAUGAGAAAUAUGGAACUCAACUCUUGGUUAACUUUUUUGUCGGCACCGAUGACAGGGACUCCAAUUCACACAUCAUUCAUUUUGACCAGCAGACAAGCCUCGGCCUCUUGUCCAGAGAUUACUAUGCUUGCACCGGACCCUACGCAGAGGCAUGUCGGGCCUACGAGCAGUUCAUGAUUGACCUGGCUAAGCUGAUCCGCAAUGACCGUAGACUGGCCAUCAAUGAAACCCACAUCAGAGAGGAGGUGACACGAGUUAUGGACCUGGAGAGGGACAUCGCCAACGCUACUGAUACUCCAGAGGACCGUAACAACCCAGUGUUGCUUUACAACAAGAUGGAACUGGGUGAUCUGAACGCCAACUUCACCCUUGAGGUUGAAUCCCAGGUAUUUGACUGGCGUUACUUCACAGCUAAGAUAAUGGAUACAGUCAACAUCAGUGUUCCUGACACAGAGAAGGUCAUAAACUACUCCCCCAACUAUUACAGAAGACUCAACCUUAUCUUGGCCAGAUACACCAAGAGGGAUCUGCAGAACUACAUGGUGUGGCGUUUUGCUAUGAACAUGGUGGUGGGCCUAAGCAGAGCUUACAGGGACACCAGGAAAGCUUUCCGCAAGGCUCUGUCUGGUACAACGUCAGAGGCAGCAGUGUGGCGACAGUGUGCACUUUACGUCAACAACAACAUGGACAAUGCUGUAGGACGACUGUAUGUGCAGGAAGCCUUCUCUGAAAAGAGUAAAGAACUGAUGGAGGAGAUGAUUAAAGAUAUUCGGGAAGUGUUUAUUAGUAACCUUGAUGACCUGACCUGGAUGGAUGCAGAGACCAAGAAAGCAGCUGAGGAGAAGGCCCGUGCUAUUCGGGAACGGAUCGGCUAUUCUGACAACAUCAUGGAUGACAAAUACCUUAACAAUGAGUACAAAGAUCUAAGCUACAGUGCAGAGGAGUACUUUGAAAACAUCUUACAGAACCUGGAGUAUGUGCAGAAGAAACGCCUGCGGAAACUCAGAGUCAAAGUCAACAAAGAGGAGUGGGUAACUGGAGCUGCUGUUGUCAACGCCUUCUACUCAUCCAGCAAAAACCAAAUAGUGUUCCCUGCAGGUAUCCUCCAGCCGCCUUUUUUCAGCAAAGGCCAGGCUAAAUCUCUCAACUAUGGUGGCAUUGGCAUGGUAAUCGGUCACGAGAUCACACAUGGCUUUGAUGACAAUGGUCGUAACUAUGAUAAGGAUGGUGACCUGAAGGACUGGUGGACACCAGACUCCACUCAGAGGUUCCUGGAGCUGUCAAAGUGUAUCGUCAAUCAGUAUGGCAACUUCUCCUGGGACCUGGCCAAUGGACUUCAUUUAAAUGGUAACAACACCCUUGGGGAGAACAUUGCUGACAAUGGAGGGAUACGGCAGGCAUAUCAGGCUUAUAAAAACUAUGUGGAGGAGCAUGGAGAAGAGCCACCACUACCUGGCAUUGACCUUUCCCAUGAUCAACUCUUCUUCCUAAACUUUGCUCAGGUGUGGUGUGGAACACACCGACCAGAGCAAGCUGUUAAUUCCAUCAAAGUGGAUGUACACAGUCCAGGGAAAUUCAGGGUACUGGGCUCCCUUCAGAAUUUCCCAGAAUUUGCCAAAGCAUUCAAGUGCAACAAGAGCAGCUACAUGGUCCCUGACAACAUCUGCCGUGUGUGGUGAUUCACAGACCUCUGGGAUGGGGACUGUUGUGACCUGGGUCGUCCCUGUCCCCUUACAGUACCUCUCCCCGCUGACUGUUGGAGCACUCCUGGGGGGCUACAGGGAAGUGGAAGCUCCCCUUAGCUCUUUACUGGAUGGACCAGGGCUGGUAGACUGACACUGCAGUAUGCCUUCCUCUGAGGAAAGCAAUGGACUGUACCCUUACGGACAGACGCACUGUCUCUCCAAAUCUGAUACUGUAGUUCAUUCAAUCAGCCUGAUUAUUCUGCUACUCACUGGAUACAAUCACUCCUUGUGUUUUUAUUUUUCUUAUCUCCAUUUUCAUCUUGUUUUACUCAUCAUUUGUGAGUCUGCCAAUGUGUAUGUGAGUGUGUGUGUUCAGUCAAAAUACUGCACAAGUAGUUGUCAAGAGAGGGGCAGACAGACAAAUGUACUCAAACCCAUUGGCAUAUGAAUACACUGCACACCCACUCACACUUAUACACAUGUAACAGGGCUGAACCACUGUACUGUAUGUGGGACUGAGCUGUAUGCCUCUCAUAAAACCUCAGCUGGUUUCAGCCUUCAUAUCCAUGCUGAUACACUCUACAAGGUACUCGUAAUGUACUUUUGGUUAAUAUGUAGAACUAGAGUAGGUAAAUUAUUACAGAAAAUCUGAAUAUAUUUUGUUGAAUAGACCAGUAAAUAUUUAACCGUAAUCAUGUUACACAAUACUGUUCCAUAUUUAAUGUUAAUGACUUAACUGCAGUUGACAGGCGACUGCUGUUCAUUAACAGUAUGUCAUAUAAACCAAAAUGAAGUUUUCGCCUUUAAGAUGACAACUGGUCAUGAAUCAUUGAGCUGACAAUCGACAGACAUUCACUGAGACUCAUGUGUUUCUGUGUGGAUGCAUGUUUUUAUGUGUUUUCCAGUCUUUGUAAGUCAUUAUGAUUGCUGCCUACUGUUUGUCAAGUAAACUGGUAUGCCUUACAUGAUCUGUUGUGCUACUGUGUGCGAGAGUGUGUGUGUGUAUUUGCAGGAGAACAAAGUAUAAGAAAAUGUAACAUUAAAGGAAUAGUUUUCUUCUUGCUGAGAGUUGGAUGAGAAGAUCAAUACCACUCUCAUGCCUGUACACUACAGCCAGCAGCCGCUUAGCUAAGCUGAGCAUAAAGACAUAAAACAGCUAGUCUGGCUCUGUCCAAAGGUAAAAAAGUGUCUACCAGCACCUCGAAAGUUAACUAAAAAGCUCACUUUUGUUUAAUCAGUACAAAAACAAAGUGUAAAAAGUUGUGGUUUUUACAGGGGCAUUGUGUGCCGGACUGUUUCUUGGCAGGGAGCAGUGACUCCUGAAUGUCAUCUGAAAAAAACACAUCUUGGAGCUCUGAGAAAUAGAGCAAACCUCCUCAAAUCCUUCUCCUUGCAUACCCCUCCUUCUCACUCUCUCCCUCUGCAGCCUCAAAAAUUAAUUAAUUAAUUUUUAAUUAGUUAAUUUGUGCUUUUUCCCACACUCACACCAUGUCCUGAUCAUGUUCUGACUGCAUGUCAACCAUAUGCAUGCUAUUUUACAGUCUUACCUUGUAUAAUAGAACAUAAACAUUUAUUUUGAUAGUCAAAACAUUUUAUUAUGAAAUUAUGUUUUGUAUUUCUGACUUUGAACAUCUUUUUACCUUAGGAACAGCAGUAUUUAGGAUCGUCGACAGAGCACAUGAGUACAGUAUCAGUCUGCUGCAUCUGUGUCUGUCUCUUUCAAAAUGACUGACAGAAUGCCCCUACCCCCCGAUAGUGUGUGCUACUUUAAAUUAGGACCCAUGGCAAACAUGAAGUCAAUAAACAGUUCCAUCUAUUAAAACUGCAUAGGCGGAAUUGAAUGCUUUUGACUCAGGUACCCCAGGACCCCAAUACAUUGAUAUUUUUUAAAAGGCCCAAAUUAAAACAGAAACAGAAAAAAAUAUAUUAAGUCAUUAGGAACAAAUUGAUUGACAAAGUCAUGAAAAAUUGGAAUGAUAGAAUAAAGCACAUGUGAGAUAUAGCAAACAGUAUACCUCUAGGGAUUGCGGGUACCCCAGUUGGUAGGAUGAGGGUUAAAUGAGCUUCUAGGCAGAUUUGUUUUACCUUUAGACAGAGCCAGGCUAUCUGUUUUCCCCUGUUUCCAGUCUUGGCUAUAACUUUAUAUUUGACACUUAUAUGUGAGUGGUAUCAAUAUUCUCAACCAACUCUUGGCAAGAAAGUGAAUAAGUGUAUUUCACAAUAUGUUGAACUAUUCCUUUAAGAAAGGUGUAGUGAUUUUUCAGUUUGAUCUUGGUUUAAUCACAUAAAGUGUGUUGUAUUUCCCAUCUUUUUUUAAUGAUUCUUUUACACAUUGAAGCAAAAGUCAAUUGACAGAUGAUAUAAUUAAGCUUUCGAAGGAAUGUUUAUCUUAUUCUAUUUUAAACAGCAGGCUAAGUCUUUGCUGGAACUUAAUGAACUUUUCAGUGCAAGCCUUGUUCUGAAUACAGAAGGUUGUAUUAAGACAGUGGAUCCCAGUAGGAUUCAUCAUUUUUUACGCCUUUAUUUUCUUUGUUAGUAUAUAAUUGAGGCUGUGAUACAAGGUCGUUAAUUGUGGAAAUGUUUGCCUUUGCCUUUUAUAUAGAAAUGAGUGCAAUUAAUGAUGCACCAUGAUCACGUAGACCACUUCUCCAGUCUGUAUACAACACCCUCCAUGUCCAGCCUUCACACAUUGUUGUUUCCCCAUGUUUUGUUAUGUCAUUGUUUGUGCAAGCUUUCUGUCUCUCUGUCACUGUCGCUCACUCCCUCAGGCUUUCUUUCUUUCUGCCUCUCUCUCUCACACUCCACCUGUAGAAAGACAGAUAUACCUCAGUUGCCUGUAUUUAGAUACUUUAUAAUAAUGACUGAUAAUCAUCUUGAAGAGCAUUUUUUUCUUUCAAAAUAAAUCUUUAAAUAACA